AUGACAAAUAUUACUUCAGAAGUACAACAAGAUUCUGUAUGUAAUAAUAGGGAUAUGAAUGAUGAAAACCAAAUAAAUCCUGUAACUUGUUACGAAAUGAAAUCUUCUAUGGUGUUGAUGAAUAGCAAGAACAGAGAAAUUUUACAACCAGAUGAUCAGUUGAAUGAUUACAAUGGAAUAAGCAUUAAUAAUUCACAUUCGUUAUGUAAAACUUCGAUGAAAGCGUUACAGGUUUCGGAGAAAUCUCAUGAAAAUAAACAAAUUGAUGGUGUACUUUACAAAACGAUUUGCAAUGAAAAAGCAUUGGAUAAGAUUGAUUGUGAUUCUAAACAUUUUCCAAUUUCCAAUAACAACUCAACAAAUAUGUUUACCACUACAAAUACUACUGACGACAUCAUUAGUAGAAAGAUGCAAAUGAUAACUAAUCACUAUUAUCCACCAUAUCGCAAUAAACUACCAAAUGAUAUCAAACAAAAUGAACAGUAUCUUGACCGAAGUAUAACAUCACAGUCAAUUUCAUUGAGAAGAAAAUGUGAAAAUUUUGAAACAGAAACUUCUCAAUAUACAGAAUCUAUACAAAUAUCAGGGAUUACUCUUACUAAAGAUGAAAUCGCUGCAAUUAUUAAUGAACGAGAUGAAUUAUACGAGAUAUUAAGGGCUAAUGAAGAGGAAGCCAGUGCACGUUAUACUACAGAAAAACGCCUAAUGACAAUGAAACAGGAGUUUGCUGCUGAACAACAACGUCUAAGACAGAUCAUAACUGCACUUGAAGAGGAAUUAGAAGUCACAAUGUGUCGUCUUAAUCAGCUGACAGCAGAAAGAAGUCGGUGGACAACGGAACUGGGUGAAACCAAAAAUGAAAGAGAUGAAAUAAAAGAGAAGUUAAAAAACGCAGAAGAAAAUCAUAAAAGUGAAUUGUCAGAGUUAAAAGAUGGAUUUGAAGACAAAAUAAAACAAAUUAAAUUAGAACAAACAAGGAGAUCUGAAGUUAUCCAGAAAGAAUUCGAAUCAAGAAUGAACAGUUCUACGAAUGAACAGAUGCAAAGGAUAGACGAACUUCAAGAAAGAUUAGAGAAGUUAAAUAGAAUGCAUAGAGAAAUGGAACAAGAAAAAGAAAGAUUAAGAAUUGAAAACUUGGAAAUAAUUAAAGAACAUAGAGAAAAAGAAAGACAAAUUCGUCAUGAAUAUGAAGAUCUUCUUGAGAAUAAAUCUGUAGAGAAAGGUAAAGAGAUAUCUAAAUUGAUGGAUGUACACUCUGCUCAAUUGAAUGAACUUGUUGAACAAAUGCAGAAGGAGAAAAUUCAGGUGAUCAGUGAUGUAAGAUCAUGUUAUGCAGAAGCUAUUCAAGAAUUACAAAGCAAACUAAUGGCUAAACAAACAGAGAUACAAAAGUUAAAUGAUACAUUGACAAAUACACAAAGUCAAUUACAAGAAAGUCGUAGUCAAGAAAUAUUAGAAAAAUUAAAAGUUCAAACAGUUGAAGCUCGAUCAAAAGAAUUAGCUGAAUGGGAGAAAGAGAAAUUUGAAUUAUGGAAAAUUAAAAUGAAUGAAUUAAAAGAUGAAAAAGAUGCAUGCAUUGAAACAUUGAAACAAGAAUUACAAGAACAAAAAGAUUUGGUUAAAUUUUAUCAAGAUAAAUUAAAAACUAUUCAAAAGGAGUGUGAUAUAUAUCAGAGUGAAUCGGAACGAAAAGUAACCGGAUUGGAAAAUCAGAUAGAAACGCUAAAAAUGAAGCAUGAAAUGGAUGUAAGGGAAAUGCAACAACUUUAUAAUGAAAAAAUCUCCAAUAUGGAAGUGAAGCAUAACAGAGAACUACAAAAGGCUAUAGAGAAUGAAAUUACAACUGUUCAAAAACAAAUACAAGAGGAAAAUCAAACUGAAAAAGACAAAAUUUUAGAGGAUGUAAUAACUCUAUCAACACAAAUCACAUCCAAAAUUGGAAAUUUAACCACUGACAUUUAUCAGACUUUGGAAGUAAAUGUACAAGGUCUUUACAGUUUAUCUGAUUUCAAUUUAGACUUAGAUGUAGAAACACAAACUGUAUUAAACAAAGAAAUUACAAUACCUAAUAUGACAAGAAAAUGGACUAUAGACAAUAUUUCCAUUGAAGAAGUACUUGAUUCCUUGAAAAAAUAUUUAGAUGAUUCAAUGAAUAAUUUACGAACAAAUUCAGUAUACAUUUUGACACAAAUUCAACAACGUAAAGAAAUCCUAUUGACACGAAUUAAAAGUGAACUUGAAAAUGCUCAUAAUACCAUAAAACGUACUCAACAGCAGGCUGAUAAUGAUCAUGAGGAAUAUAAAGAAAAAUUAAAGCAAUAUCGCACCAGAAUAGAAGAACUUGAAGAUGAUACUGCUAGAGCAAAACUAAUUGAACAAUUAAAGCUUAAAGACAAUGAAAUUGAGGUCUUAAAAAAGGAAAUACAACAAUUAAAACAAGAAAUUCAAAAACAGAUGAAUGAAAGAAAUCAACCACAUCAUGGAGAAGGAAUAGAAAGAAAGUAUAAAGUUCUUUCAUCCCUUCAUCAACGGUCGUUAUCAUUAAAUAAUAAUAAGAUUGGUUCUCAUAAUUUGGUCAGUCAACAACCUCUUCAAAUAAUUGGUGAACUGAAAGCACGAAUUCAACGGUUAAGAGAAGAAAAUAUGGCACUGCGACGGCUACUGCUUAGACGACCAUUAUUAUCAGUUAAACAAUCCGAUCAGGAAAGUGAACAGCGACCGGUUUGUAGGCUGCUCAAUACACAGCUUAUAUCGAAACUAAGAAGUAAAGAGGAUUUAGCAAGAGUUUCAAUCUUUCAAAUACCCAGUGAUAAACACCAACCGUGA